AUGAGAGAGGAGGAGGAGAAACGAAGAGCAGUUGAACAGGAACGUCUUCACCAGGAGGAGAAUGAGAGGAGGGAGGAGGAGAACAGAAGGGUGGAGGGGAUGGAGGAGGGCGAGAGGGAGGAAUAUCUACACAGGAGGCAGGAGGAAGAUGAGGAGAGGAGGCAGGCGGAGAAGGAGAGGAGGAGGAGGGAGGAGGAGGCUGCUCUUUCGGCCCUAGAGGAAGCCCGACGCAGUGGGGCGCUCUUUGCCAGACAGAGGGCGCUGUUGGAGCAGCAGCUGUCCUUUAAACGGGGUCUCCUGCUCGAGGCUGAGGGGCUGGAUACCGGACAGGAUGUCUCCAGACCUUGGGUCUACUCCUACUUGGCCCUCCUGGACCUCCUGGGACUCCCCAAGCCUGACCCAGCGGAGCCUGACCUUUAACCUCUCGGCUCUGUUUUGACACCAACCAGCUUCUAAUGAAACUAGAGACUGAACACUGCUGUUUUCAGUCUAUGUUCUCCAGUAGCUAGCCUUAAGUUUAGCAUGCUAGGUAGCAAGGCUCAGGGAGCAAGUAAACUGUGUAUGUAGACAUUAGCCUUUAGUUUAGCAUGCUAGUUAGCAGGCUAAGAGAGCAAAUAGACUGUGCAGUCAUUAGCCUUUAGUUUAGAAUGCUAGGUAGCAAGGCUCAGAGAGCAGAUCGACUGUGUAGACAUUAGCCUUUAGUUUAGCUUGCUAGGUAGCAAGGCUUAGAGAGCCGAUAGACUGCAGACAUUAGCCUUUAGUUUAGCAUGCUGGGUAGCAAGGCUCAGAGAGCAAUUAAACAGUGUUGACAUUAGCCUUUAGUUUUGCAUGCUAGGUAGCAGGCUAAGAGAGCAGAUAUAAUUUGAGGACAUUAGCCUUUAGUUUAGCAUUCUAUGUUGCAAGUCUCAGUGGGCAGAUAGACUGUAGACAUUAGCCUUUAGUUUUGAAUGCCAGGUAGCAAGGCUCAGAGAGCAGAUAGACUUUGCAGACAUUAGCCUUUAGUUGACCCUGCUAGAUAGCAAGGCUCAGAGAGCAGAUAGACUGUGUAGAGUUAAUGUGCCAUCCUAGUAAUGUCUAUAAUAUUUCCUGCUUCACAAAUAAAGUUAAUUGAAGAAAAUGAAA